AUGGCUGAGAAAACUGUGGAUGAUGCUGGAGGAGGUAGCCCUGGCGCAUCUGACUCUGAGAUCGCGACAUCUCAAAUCAAUGAAGGUGCUCUAUUAAGAAAGUUGGAUAUAAGACUCUUACCUGCGGUUGGUGUUUUAUAUUUGCUAUCUUUUUUAGACAGAAGUAACGUCGGCAAUGCGCGUAUUGAAGGUCUUCUCGGUGAUGUUCACAUCACUGGGAAUCAGUAUCUUACGGGAUUGACGCUCUAUUUUGUUGGAUACGUGCUAUUCGAGAUUCCUUGCAACAUCGUACUCAAACGCACAACUCCACGUCUCUGGCUACCGACGUUGACGAUAAUAUGGGGUGUUGUGGCCACAUUGGCGGGCAUAGUUCAAAAUCUAGCUGGCUUUCUCACCAGCAGAUUCUUCCUUGGUGCCGAAAGUGGUUUAUUCCCAGGAGUAGUGUUCUACUUUUCUAUGUGGUAUAAGAGACGAGAGCGACAAUAUCGUAUCUCUCUAUUCUUUAGUGCUGCAUCUUUAGCCGGAGCCUUCGGUGGUAUUUUAGCUUAUGGUAUUGGAAGAAUGAGAGGAAUUGUAUGGGAGAAUGGAUGGCGCUGGAUUUUCAUCUUGGAGGGCAUCCUUACAGUUCUCGUCGCAGCUGCGGCAUACGGAUUCAUUCACAACUACCCAGACACAUCGAAAUUUCUUAACGAAGACGAGCGAAAGUUUAUUCACCAACGCCUAGCAGCCGAUAGUGAUGCGACACACGACGAGAAGUUUAAUUGGGCAGCCGUAGUAGAGGCGUUGAAGGAUGUAAACUGUUGGCUCUACGGGCUGGGAUUCCAUACCAUGAGUUUGCCUCUUUAUACUCUAUCUCUAUUCUUGCCAACUAUUAUAUCCAAUUUAGGAUAUACGGCCGCGACAGCGCAAUUACUCACCGUUCCUCCUUAUGCUUUCGCAUUCAUAACGACCGUCACGAUCGCGGUCCUUUCCGAGCGGCUUGGCCAAAGAGCUAUUUUUAUCGGCGGAUCUGCUAUUUUUGCUGCGAUCGGUUAUGCUAUUCUGAUAGGAAAUACCGAUCCUGUUGGUAGGCCGGGCGUUAGUUAUGUUGGUGUGUUCUUCUCCGCGGGUGGGAUCUAUCCAGCAACAGCUUUGGUGUUAUCAUGGCCUGCUAUCAAUGUGUCUGGUCAAACCAAGCGAGCUAUUGCGAAUGCUAUGCAGAUUAGUAUUGGAAAUCUUGGCGCUGUGUUGGGCACUCAGCUGUACCGAUCAACUGAUGGGCCAAGAUUCGUUGUGGGUCAUUCAUUUGCUCUUGGGUAUCUCCUUGCCAACGUGAUAGUGGUAACAAUUUUGGGCAUAAGGUUGAGGAGGGAGAAUAAGAGGCGGGAAACAAUCGCAGAAGAGAUCAAGCACGUAGGGGAAGUUGCUGAUUGGAAAGGAGACUCAGACCCGAGGUGGCGCUUUGAAUACUAG